GUCAAGCCAAUCUACUCGAAAAGCAUGCUUGUGCAUUUAGCUCUGCGUUUUAUUGAAGGGGAACAGGGGAAUGAGUUUUCUUUACGUUUUCUAGCCGCAGUACUUGUUCUGUGACUCUAUUUGUCAUCCGACGGCCCCUCAAUCAUCACGCACUCUACCAAAAACUUUUCAAGCCAAAAUGCCUCGAAUUCACUACAUCGGAUACCCAUCGCGUUUCCACGGUAAAUAUCUCCUAUGGAUCCUCGGCAACCUCAAAGACUUUGGUGUUGGUCGCGUUGUCACACGUUCAAUCUUCGACCGUUACCCCGAGCAAACAUACUGGAUCAUCAAGCGAGUGGUUCCUUUCAUGGACCCAAACAACAAUUACGGCGACGUUUGGGCAGAGCAUGUUUUCCGAGGCAGGAGAAUCCCGGGUGAGAUCCUCAUGCAGGACUCGCAUUUGCCGGACUUCAGGCUUGUGCCCAAAGGUGAAGAACACAAACUGUUGGGUAUUCCACUGGACGAGAGUCCUCCGAAGAUUCUUCCCAGGGAACGGCCCUUUUCACCUUUGCUACGUAUGAUCAUUGAGAGAGACCUCCGGGCUAAAGGUGUCGAACCUACAAAAGAGCCUACCAUGGAAGCGAUGUAUGCUACAUCGGUAGCCGGUGUUUCUAGGCGUGCUGAAGAAGGUGAAACACCAACGGUAGACUUUGCUAACACCAAGAAGUUCAUCUUCGAAAAGUUUCGGAAAGGAGUCGUCGAAAUUUAGUUGCAUCAACUAUGGCUCUUGUUCUCGUGUAUUUUGCGUUAAUUCAUGCGUGUAAAAUAGAGUAAAAUGUGGUCGGAUGCGGCAAGGAAAGCUAGAUAGAAAAAUAAAUGAUUGUAAAU